CCGACGCCAAGAUGGCGGCCCCCGUGUUGCGGUGCUUUGCCCGCGGCCGGUGGUUUGGGACCCCAGGCCCAUCAGGAGUCUUGCUCCUGGGACCGCGUGAGGCCCAUUCGGGCGCUCAGGGGUUGCUGGCGAUGCAGAAGGCUCGGGGUCUUUUCAAGGAGUUCUUCCCCGAGACGGGUACGAAGAUAGAGCUCCCAGAGCUCUUUGACCGUGGCACGGGCAACUUUCCUCAGACCAUCUACUGCGGUUUCGACCCCACGGCCGACUCGCUUCACGUGGGGCAUCUGCUAGCGCUGCUGGGCCUGUUUCACUUCCAGCGAGCGGGCCACAACGUGAUCGCACUGGUAGGAGGUGCCACCGCGCGCCUGGGAGACCCCAGCGGCCGUACCAAGGAGCGGGAAGCGCUGGAACCAGAGCGCGUGCGAAGCAAUGCGCGCGCCCUACGCCAAGGACUCGAGGCCAUGGUGGCUAAUCACCAGCAGCUCUUCGCGAAUGGGCGGGCCUGGGGAAGCUUCACGGUACUGGACAAUGCGGCCUGGUACCAGAAGCAGCACCUGGUGGACUUCCUAAUGGCUGUGGGUGGGCAUUUCCGCAUGGGCACGCUCCUGAGCCGUCAGAGCGUCCAAACCCGGCUCAAGAGUCCCGAGGGCAUGAGCUUGGCAGAGUUUUUAUACCAGGUGCUCCAGGCUUAUGACUUCUAUUAUUUGUUCAAGCAUUAUGGAUGCCGGGUCCAGCUGGGUGGAUCUGAUCAGCUGGGCAAUAUCGUGUCCGGAUACGAGUUUAUCCACAAGUUGACGGGAGAAGAUGUAUUUGGAAUCACGGUUCCUCUAAUUACAAGUACAACUGGAGCAAAAUUGGGAAAGUCAGCUGGUAAUGCUGUUUGGCUAAACCGAGAGAAGACUUCCCCAUUUGAAUUGUAUCAGUUCUUUGUCAGGCAGCAGGAUGAUUUGGUAGAACGGUACCUGAAGCUCUUCACUUUCCUGCCCCUUCCAGAGAUUGACCACAUCAUGCAGCUGCAUGUUAAAGAGCCAGAAAAGCGGGCUCCUCAGAAACGACUCGCUGCAGAAGUUACAAAGCUCGUUCAUGGACAAGAAGGGCUGGAUUCUGCUAAAAGGUGUACGCAGGCCCUUUAUCACAGCAGCAUCGAUGCCCUGGAGGUCAUGUCUGAUCAAGAGUUACGAGAGUUGUUUAAAGAAGCUUCAUUUUCUGAAUUAGUUCUUGACCCAGGAACAAGUGUCCUAGAUACGUGCCGCAAAGCAAAUGCCAUUCCAGAUGGUCCCCGAGGGCAUCGGAUGAUCACAGAAGGUGGAGUCAGUAUAAAUCACAGACAAGUAACGAAUCCUGAGUGUGUUUUGGUUGUUGGACAACAUAUUCUUAAGAAUGGACUUUCAUUAUUAAAAAUAGGAAAAAGGAAUUUCUACAUUAUAAAAUGGCUUCAGCUAUGAUGAAAAAUCCUUCAGGUGGUUCAAACUUACCCAUCUCCUAAGAUGUACCAAAGGCUGGCUCCAGAACUUACACUUUUGCUCAUGUAAGUCAAACCGUAGAGAAUGGAGUACUCUCUAGGUCUCAGAGUGUGAGUAAUUUUCUUAUUUCCACAGGGUGGUUAAGACAAAUGCUGGUGUAAUAAUGCAGUAUUUUAUCUGCUGAGCUGCAGGUGUUACAGACUACCAUAGAACUAUGAUUGCCAGGGAUAAUCUUUUAAAAAUUCUAUUUCAUGGAAGAACUAUCCUAUCCUUUUUGUUCCCUUUUUAGAGAUGAGGAGGAACAGUGAAAAAGAGGGUGGCGUAAGGACUCAUGGAUACUUUUAUAUCGGGGGUUCAUCUCCCUGAUCUGACUCACAGACACCAGCAGGGCUUCUAGUGUUCACAUUAGAAAUGUGAAAAAUAGUAUUGGAAACUUGUAAAUUUCUGAAUUUUUUCUGAAUUUUCUGAAUUUUGUUGAUUAAAUCCAGUUCUCCUUAAGAAGACAAGUAUUACAUACAUUAAGCCAUAGUUGGCAGUAGAAAUUCUAGUAGAAAGUUAGCUUUCAAAGAACAAAAAUCCGUACUUUUCAGAAGUUUUCUAAUUGAGUGUUUUAGUCCCUUGCCUGUGUUUCAGUAUAAUUAAAUUUACUCACAGCCUUGUUUUGCCAAAUUACUGAGGAAGCAGUAUUUCAUAAAUUUGGAAACUUAGCUUUAAGUUUCAGCGUCUGUCUUCAAGCAGAUUGCAACUUGAGAUAAACUGAAAAGUAACUACAGUGAAAACAGAGAUAAAUAUUAUACCAAUAUCCAAUCACAGGAGAAUAUCAUAAGGAAUUCAGGUAAGGGAACUUUUCCAGACUUAGAGUCCAGACCUAAUUAAGCUCUCUAUACAUUAGGCAAAUUAAUUCUUAGAACUGUUUCCACAUCUCAAAAAUCAGGGUAAUAUCAGUGUAUUUCCCUGAGGACUAAGUGAAAUACACAAAUACAAAAUGGUUCACAAUCUGAUUCCUUCUAGAAAACCGUAUAGGCAGCAAAGCAUGUAGUGUUGAAAUUCUAGCCAUUUACUACCUGGAUUACAUGGAACAAAUCACUGAAUUUAUGUGUGAAACUGGAGAUGUAAUAAUCUCUGAAUUGUGAGAAUUUAAUAGGAAAUUUUGUAAAACUUUUAUACAGUGUAAGCUGUAUUAUGUUCCAAUUAGAUUUAUGUUAUGAGUUAAACUAUAGUUUAUCUGAACCUUCUCUGGGAGCGAAGUUAAGAAGAAUUCAUUUAUUGACAAAACUUUAAUGUCAUUUCAUACCAGCAAUUUUAUUUACAUAGCAAGAACAUACAGGUGUCCACUGUAAAUGUCAGAUCAUCUAAACAUAUCAGAGCUUCACUCAGUUUGAGAGCCAACAAAGGAAGUUUUCUAACUUUCCAAACCUUUCUUGCCUCUGCUUUUCUUGUACAAGGUGUGUAGUGCCAGCAAGUACAUUACCGUAACCUAUCUUUAAAGGUAACAUUUCCAAUUUGAAAUAUGUUUGAUGUGGAGAAUGGUGCCCUGUUAAGUUCCCCGCCCCCUUACAAAUUUAAAAGGCUGAAUGGUAGUCAUCUGAUGUAUCUGAAGUAAGUCAGUCAUGGAUGGCUAUACUGAGGUUGAAGAAUGGUAGAGUGACUUCAGAGUGUGUUCUAACAGACGUUUAGGUAGUGUGCAUUCUCUCCAGAUAGGUACUGCUCACAGAUUCAAAGGAGUACCAUAUUAGAGAAGACUGAAUCUGUUCAUGGUUGAGGUCAGUUGCUGAGCCUGUUGUUUGCUAGUAAAUGGGUACCGUAAGCUCGAGUUGCCAGACAUGCUUUCCCUGCCAGGAGUUCUUCAUAAAUGUCAUAACUUAGGAGAAAGGUUAACAUGUUCAGUAAAUUCUAUAUUAUGGAAAUAGAGUAUCUGUCAGAGAUGGAGCUAAAUAAAUGCCUUAAGGAUUUUGACCCGUAUCUUAAAAAAUUUUUAAUGUAAUUCAUAUCAAGAAUCACCUGGGGAAUUUUAAUAAAAUGUGAAUAUGUUCUAAACCUCA